AUGGGUCGUCAUGAUACAUACCAAAAACUCAUCUACUUCUGCCUAUCUAUAUUGUUACUUCACAACGUAUUGAAGAAUGUGGAGGGCUUGGCAUGUAACUGGGGGACAAUGGCGAGCCAUCCUCUGCCACCAAACAUAGUGGUGAAGCUCCUUAGAGACAAUGGUUUCAACAAGGUCAAGCUCUUUGAAGCUGACUCUGGUGCACUCAGAGCUCUUGGCAAAUCUGGUAUUCAGGUCAUGGUCGGUAUCCCCAACGAUCUCUUGGCAACUAUGGCUUCCACUGUUACCGCCGCCGAGCUCUGGGUUCAACAGAACGUCUCUCAAUACAUCUCCAAAUAUGGAACCGACAUUAGAUAUGUAGCGGUGGGGAAUGAGCCAUUCUUGAAGACGUACAAGGACAGAUUCGUCCAUUUGACAUUCCCGGCGCUGCAGAACGUUCAGGCAGCUCUGGUGAAAGCUGGUCUCGGCCGGCAAGUCAAAGUGACGGUGCCUCUUAACGCCGACGUCUACGAAUCCGGCGACGGUCUUCCUUCCUCCGGCGAUUUCCGAUCCGACAUCAAAACCUUAAUGAUCUCCAUCGUUCGAUUCCUCGCCGAUUCCGUCUCGCCCGUCACUUUCAACAUCUACCCUUUCCUCUCUCUCAACGCCGAUCCAAAUUUCCCCCGCGAAUACGCCUUCUUCCCAGGCAGCGGAGGCGGCGGCGGUGGAACUAAGCCCGUCGUCGACGGAUCCAUCUCUUACACGAACGUCUUCGACGCGAAUUUCGACACUCUGGUCUCGGCCCUGGAGAAAAACGGAUUCGAUCCGAACAAGGUGGAGAUCAUCGUCGGAGAAGUCGGAUGGCCCACCGACGGCGAUCCAAACGCGAAUCCGGCGAUGGCUCAGAGAUUCAACCAAGGCUUGUUAAACCGUAUCCUCCAAGGACAAGGAACGCCUCGUCGGAAAACGGCGCCGGAGGUUUACAUAUUCUCGCUAGUGGACGAAGACAUCAAGAGCAUCGAUCCCGGGAAAUUCGAGCGGCAUUGGGGAAUAUUAUCUUACGACGGCGCCGUGAAGUACCCUCUCAGCUUAGGAAACGGCCGUCAACUGGUUCCGGCGAAAGGUGUUCGUUACCAGGCACGUGAGUGGUGCGUGCUUUCACCUCGGGCGGGCGGGAACGUUGCCACGUGGGCGUCGUCGGCGGAUUACGCGUGCCAGCAAGCUGAUUGCACCUCUCUGGGACCAGGCUCGUCUUGCGCGGCGUUAGACUCGGUCGCGAAUGCGUCUUACGCCUUCAAUAUGUAUUUCCAGAGAAUGGAUCAUCGUAGUGGCUCGUGCAACUUCAACGGUCUUGGGACUACUACUAAGAUUGAUCCUUCGCGCGGUUCGUGUAGGUUUCCGAUUCAAAUCGACACGAGCAGGCACGAGACGCUGCGGCCGCGGGGGAAUUCCGGUGCAACGGAAGUGAAGUGGAGGACGGUGGGGGCGGUGGCGGUUGCGGUUGCGGUCGGAUGUGCGGUGUUUAAUUGA